GAACGCAGGAAGGUCAGAUGUAGUAUCAAGGCUGCCUGCAUAUAAAGACAGGAAUAUGCAGUGGACACUCUUGCUUAGAUGGGGAAAACGCGAGAGGAUUUUGAGAGGCACACUAUGAGGAGCUUGAUUUUUGUCCUCACUCUGAGCGUUUUCUCAUGUUCAGGGUUUCCAGUGUACGAUUAUGAACUCCCUGUCACAGAAGAGGCUCUCAAUGCUUCUAUUGCAAGGAUCAAUUCUCAGUCUUGGGGGCCAAACCUGUAUGGUGUUGUCAGGAGCCACGUUAGACAUGUUGACAUGUGGAACAGCAAUGAUUAUAGACUAGAGCUGCAGCUCAGUAUUCGUGAAACAGAAUGCACAAAAGCUUCAGGAAGAGACCCAUUUACAUGUGGCUUCAAAGUAGGGCCUUUUGUGCCAACUGCAGUCUGCAAAAGUGUUGUGGAAGUCUCCAGUGAGCAGAUUGUGAAUGUUAUUGUGCGAUGCCAUCAGAGCACAUUCAGCUCUGAAUCGAUGAGCAGUGAGGAGAUGAUGCAUAUGCUGAUGACGGGCCCAAGCAAGCGAGGCAGCAGUCGCUCUGAAGCCUUCUCAUCAAGGGGAAGAGGCCGCAUCAGUGGCGACUGGAAUAAACCUGAUCGUGUUAGCCCUGGCAAGAUUGAAUAAUGCAGUUUAGUGCAUCUCUGGAACUGGGGAGGCUGUGAAUAUUACUUGUCGUGCUGUGGACUGGCCUCUCCAACAAAUAACUCAGGCACGUGAGCAAGUGACAGCAGGAGAGCCAGCUGCUGUGCAAAGCUAUUGCAGCUUAACAACCCGAGCCUGCAACAAGUGUUAAGGUCGCUGAUUAGAUAUAGCACACAUCUAGCUCUGCCAGCCAUGAGCCUUUAGUGCAAGGUGCAGUCCAACCUGUGCCUUAUAUCUGCAGUCACCAGCAGUGCUUGGUUUCCUUGAGCAGAAAAAUAAAGCAUGUCAUUGCUUGCAUUA